AUGGCACAAACACAGGACGUGGCGGGAGGGUCAACUGUGUCCGACGCUGAGACUAGGUCUAAGAAACGAAGCCGUGCGGAGACAGAUGUUACAGAUGCUUCGGCACCAGCGACUCCUUCAGCCACAGAACCCUCGGGAGAUAUCGUUGGUUCCCACAUCACUGAGACUGGUGGCUCGUCUGUUUCGGCCAACGCCAGUUCCUCUUCCGUCUCCAAUCCCGAACCGCCCUUGUCCGAGUCCUACCCGCCCUCAGAAUCCAAGCCAAGCCUGUCGACGGGACCGAGCGGCAGUAUCACGCCUCCUUAUGUAUUCUCUGGGCCACACCCCGCCCCGCAGUCGCUGACCGGGCCCACGGACGAAGUGGAGGACGAGACGGACCAGGAUGCGCUGGAAGAGCAGGCCGCCGCAGAACAGGCGGAGGAGGGCAGCAUCGUCGUCGACAGUGACGAUCUGGGCACGGAUGACGGGUAUGGAACCGACACCAACACCACGGCCUCGACAUCGCUUGCCGAGAGCGUGCGCGACUACAUCUAUGAGAAUGGGCGCCGCUACCACCGCUUCCGCGAGGGGCGAUACAGCUUUCCGAAUGACGACGUCGAGCAACAGCGCGAAGAUAUGAAGCACUCUAUGGUCAAGUUGCUGUGCGGCCAGCUCUACUUUGCGCCCAUUGGGGAACAACCUCACGAGAUUCUGGAUAUUGGGACGGGAACCGGUAUCUGGGCCAUUGAGAUGGGCGAUCUGUUCCCGAAUGCGAAUAUCCUCGGAGUCGACUUGAGCCCCAUCCAGCCCGAGUGGGUGCCGCCAAAUGUGCGCUUCAUGGUGGAUGACAUAGAUUGGCUGCACCCACGCAACUACUUCGAUUACGUCCAUUCUCGCCACACCGUCAUGGCCAUAAAGGACUGGCCAAAACUAAUCCGACGAGCACUAGAACACCUCCGCCCUGGCGGCUGGUUCGAGCUGCAAGAAGUCUACCACUUCCCCAUCUCGGCCAACAAGACGAUGGCGCCGGACCACCCGGUGGCGCAGUACUGGUCGCUGAUCAACGAAGGGCUGUCCAACCUGGGCGUCACCUUCCACGCCGUCGCCAACGGCCGGCUCGCCGACAUGAUGCGCGACUGCGGCUUCGUCAACGUCACGGAGCGCGUGCUGCACAUUCCCAUCGGCACCUGGCCCAAGAACAAGGUGCUGAAGACGGUUGGCCUGUACUGGCGGACCAUUUUGAUCGACGGCAUCCAGGCCAUCGCACUGGGUCCCAUGACGAGGGGUUGCGGCUGGACGAGAGAGCAGGUCGAGCUGUUCUUGGUGGAUGUCAGGAAGGCGUAUUUCGAUAACUCGGUGCUCGCCUACAUGCCGCUGCAUAUCAUUUACGGACAGAAGCCGGUGGGUUUUUGA